AUGAAUAUGUUGGAUGAUGAAGAUGACCAAAGCUUUCACGCUACGCGUGACGGCUACUCCCAUUUGAGCGAUGUCGAAUGGGAUGCGGUUGAACGAAUGGGUUCAACCAUGGGCAUUCAUACUGUUAGCGUCACGCUAGAGGCUCUCAAUAGAUAUGCUCAACAUGCUACUAUCGCCAAGUUCAUUCAAAAUGAACUUGACGCUGAACGCGAGAAAGUAGCCUUGCUUCACCAGCAAGGUUCUCAACAAGCAGAGUUGUUGAGAGAACAGGGUGCUCAACAGUUUGAACUGUUGAGACAGCAGCAGGCUGCUGCUGGUGGGUCGAUGCACUCGCGUCGACCCGAAACCUUGAAGAUUGACAUCUCCAAGUAUAGGGGAGUCGAAGAGGACUCCCUCUUGAGAUGGUUCGUCGAAUUGGAUGACGCCAUAAGGGCGCGUCGCAUCGAUGACGGGGAUAUGCAAGUUGCAUUUGCCCAGUCAAAUAUGGCAGGACGUGCCAAGACUUGGGCACUGGGGCUCAAGUUGCACGACCCAUAUGCGUUUGGGUCGUUGGAAGUCUUCAAGUCGCGGCUCAGACACAUGUUUGAACCGCCUAGAGCUGAGUUCAGGGCUCGAACCGAACUCUUGAAGCUCAAACAGGGUAAGCGUGAUGUUCACGCUUACGCUCAACAUAUACGACAUCUCACGAGUUGUAUAAGUUCCAAUCCGGUGGAUGAACACACGUUCGUUUCGGUGUUCAUGCAGGGUCUUGCGGAUGGUCCGACAUCGUAUCAUCAACCGAGACGAUAUGACAACGGAGGUCCAGAGCCGAUGGAACUCUGUUAUGUAGAGAGCGAGAAGGCUCGCUCUACAGGCUACAAGAAGUUGCAGAGAUGCAACAGAUGUCAAAAGACAGGACACUACGCUUACGAGUGUAGUGCCCCUCGUCCAGUGUCUCGCGACACUGGGCGUAGUGACCGUCCACCCAUGAGAAAGGGGCAGGGACGAGGGUCCGCUGUUGGUGCAAAGACGCAACAACGGGAUGGACCGUCAAAAAACGGACAGGAUCAGUAG